AUGCAUUUAUGGCAAAAAUUAGUAAAUAUAAUUUAAAACAGCGAGAAGAUUAAAAGAUACUAAGAAUAUUAAUGUUUCAAUUUGCACUUGUUAAGGUGAUUAAAGAAUGCAAUUGAGGCAGACAACUUUCAAUGAUCGGUGGUGGACGAAGGAGAUGCACCAACGUGUAAAUGCGGUCGUGCAAGUGGAGGCAACGCUUCAACGAGCAGCUCUUCUCUGUCGCGAUCGUUUCCAGUCGAUGCUUGAGGAUCUCGAAGUGGCAGUACGUGUGGAUCAGGAAGCCGUUGAACAGAGAAUCGCUGGCGACCGUGAUCAGCCCGGCGUAGAACAGUGCCACAACCUGGUGAAUGUACGCAGCGGAGAAACGAACCGCAGUGGAGUAGUCGUACGGCAGCCACGCCCUGUACAGCAGCUUGUGCUUCCUGUAGCCGGUGAACAGGGACAUCGCGCAAGUCGACACCACGUAAUAAUUAAAGCAGUCCGUAAGCGACUUGUCCGGAGACUUGCCUGGCCAAUCUAUCGUAUCUCGUUCGAAUCUCCUCCUCCUCGACGCUGGUGGGCGAGAACGGCUCCUUCUGGAUCCUCUCGAUCAUGUUCCCAAGAUGCCUGCGCGCCAGCAGCAGGUUGCUCAUCUUCACGCAGAUGCAGAGGACCGACAGCGUCACGUAGAAGUUGUCGGUGAAGUCGUCCUGAGUCUUGACGUUGAUGAACAAGUCGCAGAACUGGGAGGCCGACAACAGGUGCAGAACGAGCCACACGAAGGCCGAAUAGGUGCAAUAGAGGACCCUCUUGGACGAGGAGGUCCACGAAUCGGGUAUCCAACAGCCACAAACGCCGAGAAGAUUGCAGACGUUCAACGUUGCGACGUGGAUGCCGUUGAACUCGAUGGGCACCAUGGAGCGGCACAUCAUCAUCAAAAUCAUUUUCUUCUGGAUCUUGUCGAGCUCCGUCCAGUUCAUACCUUGGACUACGUCAGAGAUUUCGAUGCUCUGGCAGAUCGAAGAAUACAUUAGCUCGGCCGGCACGGAAAUCGUCGUUUUCUCGUAUAGAACUUUAGACGGAAUAGUGAAUCGUUCUGAGAAAAUACCUGCGCUUAAAGCCUAAUAUUAUAACGAGAUCGGAUCGUAAGGGCUUGUAAUAGCAAUUGCGAACCUUCAGCUUCACUUCGUUCCCGUACCAGCAGUAGAUGAAUAUCUGGGACAUGAUGCUGGCACUGUACGUGAUCAACACCGGCAAUUUCGAGCCCAGGUCUAUAGAUUGCGUCAGUCUGUAGAGGUUGAAGCACACGACCACCCCGCUUGCCAGGAAUUGCAACGAGAUUACCAUUCUGAACUGUUCGUUCAACUCUCUGGCAUAUCUGCAAGCAUUUUUCGGGACGAUCGAUUUCCUGUUUCGUCGCGCAAUCUGUUGGACGCUUCGUCUCUUCCCGAACUAUUUCGCGGUCGGCUUUUUGGACAGAAAGACGCGCUGAAAAGACGCUAACCAGAAGGAUUUACCACAGAAAGCGACGAAUACGCUCCGUAAGAAUGAUAACACUGAAUUUACAGUAAUUUCUCCCGGAAAUGCCAAAUUUCGGGUUGCUGUGAAUUUUCCUGUGCUAGUCUUACGCCUGCGUAAUUUAUUUAAGAUAUAUCUUAAAUUUCCUUUGCAUCUUAAAACGCUGUGCUUUAGCGCAAAAAUAAUACCGUUAAAAAAGAA